AUGGCGAAGCCGUACCCGGAGCCCGCACCGUUUUGGGGAGGCUGGCUGGGGAAAGGGACUGAGGUCGGCGCAAGGGGCCGCGGCCAGAUCCCGCUAAAGCGUCGCAUGCGACUCUCCCUCCCCGCGCGUAAGCGCUACUUCUUCGACGUCUCCAGCCUGCCCGAGGGGGACGAGGUGGUGGGCGCGGAGCUGCGGAUCCUGCGCAAGCCGCCCGAGGAGCGGGGCCUGCCGCUGUCCCCGGAAGGCCUCUUCCACCGCCUGCUGCUCUCCGCCUGCCCCGGCCCGGGCGCCCGCGACGACGGAGAGGAGGAGCCCCCGCUCUGGGACUCCCGGGCCGGCGACCUCGUGGACUCGGGCGGGGCGGCGGCGCCCAAGUGGGAGGUCUUCGACGUCGGGGCCGCCCUGAGAGGCCGGCCGCCGCGGCUCUGCUUCCUCCUGCGGGCGGUCUCGGAGCGGUCGGCCCGCCUGCUGGCCCCGGGGCGCCUGGGCUUCCGCCGGCAGCAGCAGCAGCCGGAGGAAGAGGCGGCGGCGGCGGCCUGGGCCGAGCGGGCCCUGCUGGUGGUCUUCUCGCGGGCGCAGCGGAAGGAGAGCCUCUUCAAGGAGCUGCGGGAGCAGGCCAAGGCGCUGAGCGGGGCCCUGCUGGAGGGCGGCCCGCAGAGGAGGCGCCGGCGGCGGACGACGCUGGCCGGGCGGGCGGCGGGCCGGGGCCCGGGCAAGAAGGCCAAGAGCCGCUGCAGCCGCAAGGCCCUGCACGUCAACUUCAAGGAGCUGGGCUGGGACGACUGGAUCAUCGCGCCCCUGGACUACGAGGCCUACCACUGCGAGGGCGUCUGCGACUUCCCGCUGCGCUCCCACCUGGAGCCCACCAACCACGCCAUCAUCCAGACCCUCAUGAACUCCAUGGACCCGGAGGCCACCCCGCCCAGCUGCUGCGUCCCCGCCAAGCUCAGCCCCAUCAGCAUCCUCUACAUCGACGCCGGCAACAACGUGGUUUACAAGCAGUACGAGGACAUGGUGGUGGAGACGUGUGGCUGCAGGUAG